AUGCGCCGUGGUGUGGAUUGGAAAGCUGUGAAACGUCGGCUGGUUGCGGACAUAUUCUAUGGCGCCGCUUGGCUAUGGAGCGGAACCAUAAAUAUGGGCGCGUUGAGGCCGGACACCGGCGCGCCCAUGAUGUAUUGGCUUAAGGCGCUGUAUGCACCAGUCUCGGGCGAUCGCGAUGGCCUCGAGCGCCAUUGUCUCGUCGGAAGCUCUCCCUCCGCCCGGUUCCUGCGGCCUAGGACUCCUCUCUGUCUACGGAACGGCCGCAAGUGGCUAAUUGGCGGCGGGAGCGCUCGCAUAUUAGCGGCGCAAGCGGAGGCGGUGGCGGUGGCGUGUCGCGAGAUAUCACCAGUGAACGGCCCAUCGAGAGCGAUAAAUUCCUCCGGAGCGAACGCACCGGCAGUGCGGGAGGGGAGGGCGGAGACGCGCGGAGGUGCGUCUAUUUCCGUGGCGUUAUUUUUACCAAAUUCCGUGGCGCGGAAUGCUAUAUCUGACGCGCCUCCGUGGCCGGCUGGGUGCACCACAUCGCCCCACCCCACACUACCUCACGCCACCAUGCUCCUGAGGGUUGAUUUAAUUAGCGGAAACGGCGCGGGGCUCGGGUUACCACAAGCACGCCUUUUAUCGCCGACGGAUGGGCCGGGGAAUGCCGUUGGAAGACUUAUGCCCGUUUUCACCAUCGAUCCC